AACGCCGUGCUGAAUCGAUAUUCAGUUUCGCGCGAAUUCUUAAUAAAGCCAAAAAAUAUGGGUAAAUCGAGUCUCUGCUUGCUGGCCCUCCUGGCCGGCGUGUUGGCGGCCGUCAUCGCCGAGGAAAUGUACUCGGACAUGUUCGAUCAUAUCAAUCUCGAUGAGAUCUUGCCCAAUGAUGAGUUACGAAAUCAGUAUUACAAUUGUUUCAUGGAUACAGGACCAUGCAUGACAGAGGACCAGAAAUAUUUCAAGCAGCAUGCCGCUGAAGCAUUCGCGACAAAAUGUCGAAAGUGCACGGAAGUCCAGAAGAAGAACGUAGAGAAGAUAGUCGUGUGGUACACCGAGAACCGUCCCGACGAAUGGCAGGCGAUGGUGCAAAAACUCAUGGACGAUGCGAAGAAGUUGAAUAUCACCCCCGUUGCGUGAUGCUACGACCGAACGAAUCCCGACAUAUCAGCGCCUUCCGAGCUCCUGUACAUCUAAUUAUCUAUAAGUGACAAAUAAUUAGAAAGAAAAGCGAUUUUGUGCCCUCGUGUGUAGUUUUCGAGGAUGCAUAGCUGUAAUAUAUGAUACGAGCACAAUAUACAGUAGACGAAAGCAAAAAAUACAAUUUAGCAGUGUACACGUAUAAUUUUAACUGACAAUAAAAGCCGCUUGGUGAAAA